GUGGAUUGACGUGAGGGAAUUUUCGCUCAGGAAUUUGUGUGGCCCACAGGGUUCCAAGCCCCAAAGGUGACAUUGCGCGGGCGGCAGACGCAGGAGAAAGCAGCACCAUGCUCGGAUUGAUGUUCCGUCAGGCUAGAAGCCACCCUAGUCUAAUUCCACUGUUUGUUAUCAUUGGGUCCGGAAGUCUUGGAGCAAGCUGUUACCUUAUGCGGCUUGCCUUCCGCAACCCUGAUGUUAGCUGGAAUCGCAAGAGCAACCCUGAACCAUGGAAUAAAAUUGCACCUAAUGAGCAGUACAAGUUCUUUGCAGUGAACAUGGACUACAGUAAACUGAAGAAGGAGCGACCAGACUUCUAAAUGCUGACAAAUGGGUUGAUUGUCCAGGUGGCUUUGCUGCUCUGUAAAACUUACUGCAAAAUGUCUUAUUAUGUUUCGUGUUCAUCAGUCUUAUUGGAGUAUUCAGUAGCCAGAUAUACUACUGAACCUAAUUUGUCUGUAUAUACCGAAUGCAAAUAAACUAAUGUCCUCCA